GGAAGUGUAGUAGAAGACGAAAUGACGUAUAAUAUCUGCGUCAGUCGCACAUAAGCAUAGGACAAGAUGAUGGAGGAUUUCUCUGGGUUGGCUCUACCUCCUCUCUUUGGAGGACACAUUUUGGAGGCUGAGCUGGAGCCUGGUGGUGUGGAGCUGGAACCAGGAGAGGUGGAGCUGGACCCAGAUCCAGGAGGCAGUGAGCUACUUGAGAGCACAGCACAAGAAGACGAAGAGAGGAGAGCUCUCGACAAAAGGAAAUGUCUGGCGCUGAGCAGGAGGUGCAAGGAAAUUGAACAGGUAAACCAGAAGAUCCUAGGUCGCCUUCACCAAGUGCAAAGAAUUACACGACGCCUGAAGAAAGAAAGACGGUUUCUUAUGAAAACUUUAGAUGCCCAUGGAGAUGAUUACAGAAAUGCUCAGCUCACCAUACAGCUUGAAGAUGAGCCUGGAGCCCACUUGGAUUCUGGUGCCGGAGUCGAGGAGGAAAGACUCAAUGGUUUGUCUGGUUCCUCUGUAGCUCUACAUCAUGCAACCGGACCGAAGAAGAAGAGGCACAGAGUUCCUCGGCAAGAAAAGGACAAAGAUCUACAGAUUGAACCCGACAUGUCUGCAUUGGCAGAGACUCAGUUUGGAGAAAUGCCCAGCCCAACAUCUCUGUCACACUGAUUGUUGCCCAGGAUAGUUUUCCUCAGCUGUUCAUGUGAUAAUGCUGCCUUUUCUAAGUCUGACUUUGCACUGGUUGCUGUUUCCCUGAAGGAACCAGACGGAUUGAACUCAUGUGAGACAAUUAAUGUUUACUCGAUUCAACCUAAAUUCUGUGUCUUUAUGUUUUGUACAUAUUGUUUUGUAUUUUGAAAUUGUGUAGGGACAAGACCUAAUUAUGACCAAUGUACAGUAAUGUGACAUGCUCAGGUUAAAGAGGAUACAACUACAUGGAAAAACACAAGUUCUCUGAAAAGUUUCAUGAAUAUUAUAAAUUUGUUUCAUGAGGAACAGUGAAUAAAACGUUUACUCUUC